AUGGACGCCCUGGAUCACUCGGACGAUGAGGAGGAGGAGCGGGGCCGGUACGCCACCAGCAGCGGCAGGCCAGGCUCCAGGCUCGGCGCGCGGCGGCGGAAGCGGAGGUCCGGCGGCAGUCAUCAGCACCUGCUGCUCAUGGACUGCGUCGUCGGCGGCGACGGGGACGGCACGUUGGAGGACACCGUGCCGCUGCCGGACUACGAGCGCCUGUCCCAGUCCGCGCCCCUCCACGACGACGCUGACGACGACGAUGCCAACAACCCGCCUCCGGCUCUGCUGGCUGCAGAGGAGCAGCAGCAGCAGAAGGCGCAGGCGCUGGCCAAGCAGGGGGCGGCGUCCCCGCCGCCGCCAGUGCCGCCGCAGCAGAAGCCGGCGGCGUGGAGGCUGAUUGAGUACGUGCGGUCAAGGAACAGGUCGGGCGGCGCAGCUGGGGCAGGGGCCGGUGGGUGCGGCGCCGGGUCUGACGGCGACUCCAGGAGCUCCGAGGACGGCGAGGAAGGGAAGAAGGACAAGAAGAAGAAUAAGCGGUCGUCCUGGCUGCCGGACCCCGACCGCCGGUGGCCGGUGCAGGGCUUCUACUAG